UUUGCUUGCUGUCACUAUGACGAUUUGAUUUGCAUGGCUGCUAGCUUGUUAACAACUGUAGAGUAGUGUGGUUUAAAUAAAAGUUUAAAAGAUAAGAACAAAUUUAAAGAAUGGCGACUUCAUUUUCAAAUCCAUUUCACCUGACAGCAGCUGGUGAACUCGGCAAUCACAGAGAAUCAAUGCUGUAUAAUGAAUUGUUAUUGAGGAACGAACUUGGAAGACCAAAGAACAGGGCAUAUACUCAGGUCCCAAAAGAUGGGAGUUUUGUGUUUGGUAGACCCAAUGAAGAACGAUUUGGUGGGGCUGAUGAUGCUUUACAUGGCUGGCCGAGAAAUCUUUCAACAACAACACUACCAUUUAAAAGUAAAGAUAAAAAAUCAGAGAGAGAUUUCAUGGCUCUAAACAGAGCUGCUGUUCAAACUGGUUUGGUAACUGCCAAUGAAAAUUAUGAAUUCAGAGCAACACAUGAUGUCAGAAGGAAGACAGCUGGUGAUGAGAAAACAAGAACGAGAACUCGGCGGAUACCUCCUUCUAUGGUGUUUGGUAUUUCAACAAGACCUUCAACACCAAUUUUUGAUUUAUUAGAACACAAAUACCAGGAUAAAUGGUUACAAGACAGGCGUAAACUAGAAGUAUCAAAAAGACAUGAAGAAACAAAGAAAAGACAACAUUUGAAAGAAUUGAGGCUGAGGAGAAAUCCAAAUUGUGUUUAUGAAACCAGAGCUUCUUUACUAAGAACCUAUCAAAAUCCUGUAGAUGAUGCUCCUCUGUGGCAACUUCCAAGAUUUAAAGACAAGGCCAAACCAUCUCUACAGACAUUCAGAACUGGUGGAGCUAGACGUUCAGCCUAUGGAAACUUCCAGUCAGACCAAAUAGCCAGACAGGGAGAACUUGGACAUGGUGUAUAUGAACCUGCUUGUAACUAAAGAUAUUUUUUCUAAAAUCAAUGCCACCUGUGAUAUAACUAAAACAUCUCAGACGUGAUAAAUUUGUUCACAAUGUAAUUUCUAUAUGUACCAACCAAAAUUGUGUCUUCUUUUAUAAAAAAAACAGUAUUUUUAACUUAUUGAAUUAUUUUAUGUAUUGUGUAUGCAAAUUGUAAAUCUUUGAUUUUAAAUUAUUCUAUUUGUACUAAGUAAUUUUAAAUUGCUCUCUUUAUAUAUAUAUAUAUUGCUGUAUUGUGGAAUGUAUGCACUUUUAAACAUAUUAUGCUAAUAGUUUGACUUUUUGCAUCACUUUUUGUCAUUUCGGAUGCAUCAGGUUGGGAUUGUGCAUUCAUUUUAUAAAGUUGAUGCAUACUCUACUUAUGUACCAUUUCUUGAAUUAAAUCCAUGUAAUAUAUGUACUUUCUCUUUAUAUACAUGCAUAUGAAUUUCACCCUAAUAUGCUGUAACAGGUACUGUUAAUAUGUAUUUCAUCCACAGUUCAAGGGUAACUAGAAUUAUGUAAAAGAGAAGUUUUUGUGAAUAAAAUACUUAUUCAUUGAUAUGAUAAGCCCAUUGGAAUAAAUAUACAUUCCAAUUUGUGUUCUGAGAAUGCCAUAUUGUUUUACUUCACUUCAGCUAGAAUGGGCACAAAAAAAUUGAUCGUGAAUAUAAACACCAUUGUUUUUAAAAAAAUAUAGUUUAUUUAUUGCAACACAUUUAUGUUGACUAAUCAAUAAAUGGUGAAGAAUUGA